GCCAUGUAUUCACCAACCUGAUUCAUCCUAAACGAGCCAGGCCAACUGAUCAAUUGCGCGACUUUGCGGGGUUUAUUACGACAUGUUCUAACCAGCAAGUUGUAGUCCUCACCCCGUCGGAUUGAGGAAGCUUUCAUUGCCCACCAUGGUCCCAGUCUGAACAUCAAUAUACCCGCAAUCAUGAAGUUUCUCUCGAACAGAUUGUUGACUUGGCUGGUGAUAGCUACAGUCUCCUCGGCAUUACCACUGAGAGACCUGGGCCACCAGAUGAUUGUUGAAAAUGACUACACCUUCCGAGACGCCAUUCGUGAUACACUCAAGGAUAGCCAAAUCAUAGGAGAUGUUCUCGACGACUUCACCCCAGAUUACUAUAUCGAUAUCACCUACCCCAAGCAUCAUGAAUCCGUCCGCCUGGGAAACGACAUCCCUGUUCCAUUCGUCUCACACCGCCCAGUCUUCACCUUCCAACCUCUGAGCACGGCGGCGUCACCCGCCGUGGAAACCAAUAAUGCCACAUUCACCCUCAUCCUUACUGAUCCAGAUGCAAAGUCGAGAGAGGAUCCCAAGUGGUCGGAGAUGUGCCAUUGGAUUGUCACCAACCUGUCAUUGCCACUCAUUGACCCAUCUCCAAAUUUUGGCGUACUCGACUCCCAGGAAACCCUGGGGAAAAAGUCGGGCGAACUCGAGGAGUACUUGCCACCAGGCCCUCCUCCCAAGACAGGACCUCAUCGAUAUGUCUUUGUCUUGCUUCAAGGCGAUUCGUCCUCUUUGACUGCCCCAGCAGACCGACAGCACUGGGGAUAUGGCAAGGUCCGACACGGGGUGAGGGAUUGGGCAGACCAGAAUGAUUUGACUGUGGUCGGGGCCAAUUUUUUCUACGCCCAGAACAAAAAGCAGUAAUUCCCGGCAUAUAUUCACCCGUCGGCCUCGUGUAGUAGCCUUAGUUCGUUCAAACUCCGUGAGAUAGAAUUCAUAGCCUCAUUGCCUUGCUUCAUAUGCGUGUCGAGAGUGGCUGUUGACGCGAUAUCAGCCGCCUCGGCGGCAAAAAGCCAGGGUUGAAGACGACUCGAGAUAUCAUCUUGAUGCUCAGCUUCCAUUUUGC